AUGAAUGAACCAAAGUUCGAACUGGAUUGUGUCCCUUAUGAGGACACCAAAUUGAAGAGUCCAAGAUAUUCUGUUGCUGUCAACGCUGGUCUUUUGAAGGCUACAACUGCUCCAUCAUCCUCAGAAGAAUCUGAUGGAUCAGAUGUUCUCAACAAUUCUUCUGAAGAGCUUGAUCCCGAAGAGGAAGAUGAAAGAAAUGAACAAGAUGAUUCUGAACACGAAAGUGACUCCGAAAUGGAUUGCGAAGAGUUUCUCAAGGAGCCCAAAUUGCCAGAUAGAGAAACCGGUGUUCCCACCAAAGGGCGUCCUUCCUCUUGUGUCUUCGUUGCCAGUCUGUCCUCUGCUAUCUCUGAUGAUGCCCUGUGUGUUGCAGUCACCAAGCAUUUCAAAAAAUGGGGGAAAUUGGAUAUGGUUAAGGUCUUGAGAGACCCUUCAAAUCGACCAUACGCCUUUGUCCAGUACACCAAUGACCAGGACGCCAAAUUGGCUCUUCGCGAGGCACAACACUCCCUGGUUGGUGGAAGAGCUAUCAGAUGCGAGCCAGCCAGAGUCAAUCGCACUCUUUUCAUUGAAACUUCUGUGAAGGAUUCCUUUGACGAGAAGCGCAUCGAGAAAAUGCUCCAGAACUUUGGCGAAAUAGAGCAUUUGGUAUGCAAAGAACGUGGUCCUGGCUUUAUCAGACACUACAAAGCUUCUGCUUAUAAUGAGAAACAGUGGUUUUGCAAGUUUGCCUACCGCGAUGAUGCCAUCAGAGCCUAUGCUGAUCUCAGAUCAAGAGAUUCUUGGACUGUUGAGUGGGCACAAAACCUGGAACUUCCUGAUUCUGAUGAUGAAGGACCAGAGAUUGUAAUCGACAGGUGCUCUAUCUUCGUGGGUCAACUCAACUCAAUGGCAACCAAGAUGGUCAUUGAGGAACGGUUUGGUCGUCAUGGAGAGAUUGUUGAAACAACUCUGGUUAACCGUCCAAAUCGUAACUUUGCAUUCAUCAAGUACGCAAACGAGGCCUCCGCAGCCCUGGCAGUUGAAAAGGAGAACCACGCCAUGUUGCUGAACAAGACGAUGCAUGUUCAAUAUCGUGAAAUGUACAAGGUGAACUCACGGAGAUCGGUUGAACCAAGGCUAUCAUUAGCGCCACCUCCUGUCAACUUUCCCACCAGAAGGUCGAACGGCCUGUACAGUAGCAAUGGCAGUGUCGUUAAUAUUGUCAACAAUAACUCCAACGGCAAGAAUGGAUGGUCUUCGUCUUUACCCUCUCGUCCAAGAAACUUCAACAAACGCGUCGUUUCUCAGUUCAAGUCCCUGUACUCCUUUCAGGACAACCAGCCCAACUUCGAGUCCUUGGGAGAAAGAAGAGCUAUUGCCAGAAAGGAUUCCAAUGCGAUCAAUGGCUGGCCGGAUUCAAUUCCAAAAAAAGAGAUCCAGAGAUUUGAGAACGUGGAAAACGUACACGAAAGUGAUGCUGUUCCAUUGGCUGGUACCAAGGAAUCAGAGGCUGGCAGUGUUGACUCUGCGAGUCCAACUAUGCGCAGCAACGUUUCUAAGAGCAACUACACUUACUCUUCUGCAAAUACUUCCCCAAAGGUGAACGACCACCAUUCCGGAAUGAAAAAGUACACUCCUCGUUCCAAUGGCGCUAGUUCUUACUACUAUCCAAUGUACCCUUCGCCACACAGCGGUGAGUUUCCAAUGAAUACAUUUGAUCCUGUUGCCGGAGCGCCAAUGUAUUACCAUCCAAUGUACUUCCCCACAUUUGAUGCCGAUCCGAACAUGUCAAUGGAAUAUCCGCAACAACCAAUGCCAUACUACAUGUACAUGCCCAACAUGGGUGGGAUACCAAGCAUGCCGAACAUGCCUAUUCCGAACCCCGGCGCCGAUAUGAUGGGCGCAGUUAAUAUGGGCAUGGUUCCUCCACAAGGAGCGGGGUCGGGUGAUUACACCAAGGGAUCGGCACCCGGUGAGCAUCCCAAGUCUCCUCAAUGUUGA